GCUGUGACGUUAUAUCCAGACUGUAUUAUUUCCCCCAGUCCCUGUCUGUGUGUCUGUGUCAGUUUGUCUGAGUGGGGCUGUGUGUGCAUUGUUUAACCCCUGUGUCUGUCAGUCAUAAAGGGGAUUCUGCUUCCCAGCCAGUGAUCUGAUGGAGGCUAUGGCGGACGAGGAGGCGCAGCCCUCCACUUCCCUGGAGCCAACAGCAGCCGCCGGAGAGAAAAGUGAUCCUCCCUUCCAACUAAAGCUUCCUCCAAAGGCUUUUCGACCAGAUAAGGAAAUGGAUCCAGAAUAUGAAGAAAAGAUGAAAACGGAUCGCUCAAAAAGAUUUGAAUUUCUGUUGAAGCAGACCGAGCUGUUUGCACAUUUUAUACAACCAGCAGCACAAAAAUCUCCGACUUCUCCCCUGAAAGUGAAAUUAGGACGUCCAAGGGUGAAGAAAGAUGAAAAACAAACUUUGCUAUCAGCUGGAGACUAUCGGCAUAGACGCACAGAGCAAGAAGAAGAUGAAGAACUGCUAUCUGAAAGCCGAAAAACCUCAAAUGUGUGUGUGCGAUUUGAGGAGUCACCGUCUUAUGUUAAGGGAGGGGAAUUGAGAGACUACCAGGUCAGAGGGCUCAACUGGAUGAUCUCUUUAUAUGAGAAUGGCAUCAAUGGCAUAUUGGCAGAUGAAAUGGGUCUGGGGAAAACACUGCAGACAAUUGCUUUACUGGGCUACCUUAAGCAUUACAGAAACAUUCCAGGUCCUCACAUGGUUUUGGUUCCUAAAUCAACGCUACACAACUGGAUGAACGAGUUUAAACGCUGGAUUCCUUCUCUUUGUGCCGUGUGUCUCAUUGGAGACAAAGAUGCCAGGGCUGCUUUUAUUCGUGAUGUCAUGAUGCCAGGGGAGUGGGAUGUCUGCGUUACUUCCUAUGAAAUGGUCAUAAAAGAAAAAUCUGUCUUCAAAAAGUUCAACUGGAGAUAUCUUGUUAUUGAUGAAGCACAUAGAAUCAAAAAUGAGAAAUCCAAGCUGUCUGAAAUAGUUCGGGAAUUUAAGACCACUAACCGAUUACUGCUGACAGGCACUCCGCUUCAGAAUAAUCUCCAUGAGUUGUGGGCAUUACUGAAUUUCCUCCUGCCUGAUGUAUUCAAUUCAUCAGAGGAUUUUGACUCUUGGUUUGAUACUAACAAUUGCCUUGGAGACCAAAAGCUUGUUGAAAGACUUCAUGCUGUAUUAAAGCCAUUUCUCUUACGUCGUAUAAAAGCUGAAGUAGAAAAGAGCCUUCCUCCUAAAAAGGAAGUUAAAAUUUAUCUUGGACUAAGUAAAAUGCAAAGAGAGUGGUACACCAAAAUUUUAAUGAAAGAUAUCGACAUUCUGAACUCUGCGGGAAAAAUGGACAAAAUGCGCCUGUUAAAUAUUCUGAUGCAAUUACGCAAGUGCUGCAACCAUCCAUACUUGUUUGAUGGAGCUGAGCCUGGACCUCCUUACACCACUGACACACAUCUUGUUUACAACAGUGGUAAAAUGGUAGCUUUGGAUAAAUUACUUCCAAAACUUAAAGAACAAGGCUCUAGGGUUCUGAUAUUUAGCCAGAUGACUCGUUUGCUUGAUAUCCUGGAAGAUUAUUGCAUGUGGCGUGGAUAUGAGUAUUGUCGUCUAGAUGGACAGACGCCACAUGAAGAAAGAGAGGUAGCAAUUGAAACAUUUAAUACGCCUAACAGCAGUAAAUUCAUCUUUAUGCUAAGUACUCGUGCAGGAGGUCUUGGAAUUAAUUUGGCAACAGCUGAUGUGGUCAUUCUAUACGAUUCUGACUGGAACCCACAAGUGGAUUUACAAGCAAUGGAUCGAGCACAUCGAAUUGGGCAGAAAAAGGCAGUUCGUGUAUUCCGUCUUAUCACUGACAAUACGGUGGAAGAAAGGAUUGUAGAACGAGCUGAGCUGAAGCUGAGGCUUGACUCUAUAGUCAUACAGCAAGGACGUCUGAUAGAUCAGCAAUCAAAUAAACUUGCAAAGGAUGAAAUGUUACAGAUGAUACGUCAUGGAGCGACCCAUGUAUUUGCUUCAAAAGAUAGUGAACUGACGGACGAAGAUAUAAGCACAAUUUUGGAAAGAGGGGAAAAGAAGACUGCUGAAAUGGCAGAACGUUUGCAGAAAAUGGGAGAAAGCUCUCUUAGAAAUUUCUCCAUGGAUACGGAAACUAGUUUAUAUAACUUUGAAGGAGAAGACUAUCGAGAAAAGCAAAAGUUGAGUAUGAUGGAAUGGAUCGAGCCUCCGAAACGAGAGCGCAAAGCCAAUUAUGCUGUGGAUGCAUAUUUCAGAGAUGCCUUGCGUGUUAGUGAACCUAAAAUUCCCAAGGCACCUCGACCGCCGAAGCAACCAAACAUUCAAGACUUUCAAUUCUUUCCCCCAAGAUUGUUUGAGUUGUUGGAAACGGAAAUUCUUCAUUACAGGAAGACCAUUGGAUAUAAGGUCCCUAGGAAUCCAGAUCUCCCAAAUGCAUCUCAGGUUCAAAAGGAAGAACAGCGGAAGAUUGAUGAAGCUGAGCCUCUUAGUGCCACUGAGUCAGACGAAAAGGAGAAACUUCUUACACAAGGUUUUACCAACUGGAACAAACGAGACUUUAACCAGUUCAUUAAAGCUAAUGAGAAGUACGGACGCGAUGACAUUGAUAACAUUGCUCGAGAGGUGGAAGGGAAGACACCAGAGGAAGUCAUGGAAUACUCAGUUGUGUUCUGGGAAAGAUGCAAUGAACUACAGGACAUUGAGAAGAUCAUGGCGCAAAUUGAACGAGGAGAAUCAAGGAUUCAAAGACGAAUCAGUAUCAAGAAAGCCCUGGAUGCUAAAAUUGCAAGGUACAAGGCUCCCUUUCACCAGCUAAGGAUACAAUAUGGAACCAACAAAGGCAAAAACUACACGGAAGAAGAAGAUCGGUUCUUGAUAUGUAUGCUACAUAAAAUGGGAUUUGACAAAGAAAAUGUUUAUGAAGAGUUACGACAAUGUGUUCGAAAUGCUCCACAGUUCAGGUUUGAUUGGUUCAUCAAGUCAAGAACUGCCAUGGAGCUGCAAAGACGCUGCAAUACCCUUAUAUCUCUAAUAGAGAAAGAAAAUUUGGAGAUUGAGGAAAAAGAGAAAGCAGAAAAAAAGAAACGCACAUCAAAACCAUCUUCAUGUAAAAGAAAAGCAGAACCAGCCACGGACAGUUGCUCAAAAAAAGAUGCUAAGAAGGCCAAGUCUUAAGUUAAAAGCUUGUAUUUGCUGAUCGCUGGGUACAGAAACUGCCAUUUUAAAUGCCUACGCAAAUAUGUUGAAAAUGUCUGCAUUUAUAACACUGUCCUAUAUAAGACGUAUUAUUAUAUUUUACAAUGUUGCUUUAUUAACCUGAAAAAUGUUGUAAUAAUAUUCUAUUUUAUGCAUCCCGAUAUUUACUUGUAUUGUAUUUU